AUGGAACUCUGCGAUUUGUGCAAAGAGCUUGAUCUGUCGCUAUUACUCCCGAAUUUGGAAGGUGCUCAUAGGAGGGAGGAAGCCAAGUGGUCGCGCCCGAAGUUUGCACGCGUUGACUACGUCCUGCGUAAUGCCACAACAUGCGUAUUUUGCCUUCUAAUGAGCAGAGUCCUCGUGUACGUGUUUUACAAAGAAAGCGAGGAUGAAGACGGUGAGGAGACCUCGGGUAAAGGCAUCAGCGAAGAAUCAUGCACGGAUUCAGAUGAUGAGUUCAAUGGCGACUCAGACGAUGAAAUACUAGGACGACUCGUUAAGGCGCUGGUUCACGACAGUGAUCUACUCAAAGGCAAAAAUCAGCUCCGUGACUCCGCUCCAAAGUUCAUACUCAGUCUGAAUCUUAGUGAAAAGCCAACAAUUAGAGGCGGAACUGCCUAUCAAAUCAACCUUAGUGUUGGAGGGCGCCACGACAUCAUCCAGCUUCCAAGUUUGAUUCCGCUGCAGGAUGACCCUCCCUACGGCUCUGGAAAUGCUCGCCGAGUUGACCUUGAACAGGUGGACUAUUGUAAGCUCAGGGAAUGGAUCCGAAUAUGCGAAGACCACCAUCAGGGCUGUAAGCCGCCAACAACAUGGACUCAACCCCGAGCGAAGCCUAGUGAAGCGAACGGAGCACAUCCCUUCAAAGUAAUCGAUGUGAUAGAGCACCGAGUCAUAACAGCGCCCCAGAAGUGCCGAUACGCUGCGUUAAGCUAUGUCUGGGGUCCUGUUGAGAUGCAGUUCCAAGUUAAAAAGGCGAAUCUUGCAGCGGUUUCGACGAAGUUUGGUCUUCGAGUCAUCGAGACUCAAUUACCCGAGACAAUCAAGGACGCAAUGCAACUAGUUCAAGGGAUUGGGGAGAGAUAUCUAUGGGUGGACAACAUGUGCAUUGUCCAAGAUGACGAGAUCAGCAAGAGCUAUUGGAUCCAUGAGAUGGCUGCCGUGUAUGCCGGAUCUCUGGUUACCAUUGUCGCCGCGGCUGGCCACGACUCAAACGCUGGCCUUCCUGGCGUAAGACGCGGGACUAGACUGUACCCCCAGUUUUUUGAGGAGGUGAAACCUGGUCUUAAGCUUACCGUGUUGAACUCUCAUACCUCUAUCGUUGAGUACUCUGUAUACAACAGUCGAGGAUGGACGUUCCAGGAGAGAAUGCUCUCUUGUCGGAAUCUCGUCUUUCUUCCCAAUGAAGUUUUCUUCGAAUGCAGACAGGCCAUGUUCAUCGAGGAGGUCGUCUGUGAGGAUAGGACCUUUUCCUAUAAAGAGCAUGAUCAGCUAUACGGCUUAGGUGUGAUCUCGCCAUUCAAAUCGCUCACCCCCGAGUCGGGAUCAGACAACUACAAUGAGCUAGUUCAGAUGUACAGUUCACGGUGUUUCAGUUACGAAUCUGACGUUUUGAAUGCCUUCGCUGGAAUGCUACACGUGUUAAACCUGGAAAUUGGAUCGUCAUUCAUGUGCGGCCAUCCAAUUGAGGGCUUCGCCACGUCUCUUCUAUGGAUUUCGGAUAUAGACGAGGUCAAAGGUGGGGCUCGCAGGAAAAGUUUCCCGAGCUGGGCCUGGAGUGGGUGGACGGGAAAAAAAGAUAUAUCGAAGAUACAGUGGUCAACUGAAUCAGCCAGCUCAGAUAGGUCAGAGACCUCGGACAUGACAGAGGAAGAGGAUGCAAGGAGCUUUAUCUGGUGGCGCGCUGAGGUGCAAGGGGACGAUAGGUCAAGUAGCUGUUACCAGAUCAGUCCCCCUACUCACAGUCUUCAAGACUUCCUCCAGGCAUAUCUCCACGGGCAGCAAAUGCCUACAUUCAACCAACCCGACUAUAGCUAUCUCCCGCACUUGCCACAACACUCGGAUACGCUUCAGCAAGUGAGAUUAAGAUUCUGGACCAUUGUCGCGCCAUUCAAACUGAGUCGAGAAAGCCUGCCUAGGAGACUUGAUGCCGCCUGCCUUGAUCCCAUCACCGACUCGGGAUCUGAUUAUUCUGAAACUUCUUCAGUGGGCUUUGCACCCGAUCGAUUUUUGAGUAUCUGGGGCCGGAACGAUAUAGCUUGUGGGAAGGUCUUAGACUGCUGUGCAGAUGGUUUAUUAACCGGAGAUUCCACUGUAUAUAAUCUUGUGGUGCUAGGGUUUUCUCAUGACUCUAUCGGCGCCAUGAUAGUCAAGUGGGAAGCAGGGGUCGCUGAGCGGAUCGGACUUGCCAGGCUGUUACGGGGUGCGUUGAACGCGGCGCUAGAACCGGGAAUGGAGUGGAAGGAGAUUGUGUUAGGUUAA